UUUAUUUAUUUAUGUAUAUAUGGACGCUAAAUUACUGCCAAACCUAGUCGAUUCUUUUCCAAGAGAGAUUCGGUUGCCAUGAUUUCUUUGUCCAACCUUUACCACGUGGUGGAGGCCAUGGUGCCCCUGUACGCCGCCAUGGCGCUCGGCUACGCCUCCGCCAAGGCCAAAGCCUUCAGCCCCGAGCAGUGCGCCGGGAUCAACCACUUCGUCGCCGUCUUCGCCAUCCCCCUGCUAACCUUCCGCAUGAUCUCCUCCAACGACCCCUAUGCGAUGAACCUCCGUUUCCUCGCCGCCGACUCCCUCCAGAAGCUCACCGCGCUCGCCGGCUUCGCGGCCUGGGCCCGCCUCGCCAAGAAAGAGAACGCCCUCGCCUGGGCCGUCACGAUCUUCUCCCUCGUCACCCUGCCCAACACCAUCAUCAUGGGCGUGCCGGUGCUCGAAGGCAUGUACGGCGCCGUCUCCGACAGCCUGAUGGCGCAGACCGUGGUCCUCCAGUUUGCAUUGUGGUUCAUCGUCGUCGUGUUCUUGCUCGAGUACAUGGCGGCGAAGAGCGCCGUGGCCUCGCGCUCCCAGCUAGCGGAUGCCGAAGCGCAGCUCGACGCUGACGAAGAAGAGGGGUGGCCGUCGGCCUUGCGGAUCCUGGCGGUGGCGGCCAAGAAGAUUCUUAAGCUCCCCAACACCUACAGCAGCAUGCUCGGCUUUUCCUGGUCGCUCAUCGCUUUCAGACUUCAUCUCAAAUUGCCUCCGAUCAUCGACAAUUCACUGUCGAUCAUUUCAGUGUCAGCCGUUGGGCUAGCCAUGUUCAGUGUGGGCACUUUCAUGGCUCGUCGGAAAAGAUUCAUUUUAUGUGGCUACAAGCUCGCCCUUUUAGCCAUGAUCGCCAGAUUCGUGGUAGGCCCCGCGGUCAUGGCCGCGACGUCGCUCGCUGUCGGCCUUCGCGGGGUAUUUUUGCGCGUAGGCAUUGUACAGGCUGCUCUUCCUCUCGCCGUGCUUUCGUUUGUUUAUGCAGAGGAAUACAAUGUCCAUGCAGACAUCAUGAGCACGGGGUUUGACUUCAAUACCCUUUUCCCUUGUCAAUUAAUUUUUUAUAUAUCUAUAAAAUUCUGCAUUACUUCUACGAAUCAAUCAUUAAUAAGUGCAGGGUCAUUGUGGGCAUUUUGCUAUCAGUUCCUAUUACACUCUUCUACUACGUUGUGUUAAGCCUGUGAAGGGUAAUUGAAUCUGAUAAAUCUCAGCGUGCAGCAGAGGCAUUUAUUGCCGCAAUAAAUGCCUGGAAUCCAGGCCUGCGUAAUAAAUUGUAGUAGUAGUCUGUAGUUAUGUUUUAAGUCACAUUUAUAAUAAUUAAUAUUUGGUUAAAUUGAAAUAUCUUGCACAUAUAAUUUUUUACAAGA